CGGCUUCAUCUUAUUACGACGCUGCCCCUCCACGGCUCGGCUUCUUCCAUUUCUUGUUCUCUUCCUCCCUCGCUCCCUCUCCCAUCGCUAUAUCCUUCUCGAAGCUUCGCUAGGGUUAGGGUUUGGCCAGCCCCAGGAGACCACAGCGAUGGCUGCGGCGGCGGCUCAGUUAGAGAGGUGAGGUGAGGGUGAGUCGAGAGGAGGACUGUGGUUUAUUGGAAGAGGAGGAGGCGGGGAUGGACCCGGACUUCUCGCGGGCGAGUGGGGGCCCGAGCUUCGAGUUCGCCUUCAACUCGGUCAACUUCUCCGACCGGGUGCUGCGGAUCGAGAUCGUCGCCGGGGACGACGCGCCGGGGGCCAAGGGCGCCGCCGACGAGGGGUGCUCCUCGCUCGCCGACUGGGCGCGCCACCGCAAGCGCCGCCGGGAGGAGCUACGCCGCGGCAAAGAUCUUCAUGCUGAAAAACUUUUGUGCUACCACUUUAUGGCUCCAGAAUCUGGAAAGUACAUGUCGGACUCAGCAAACUGCAAAGUUGAAGCUGAGGAAUGUGAUGCUUAUGAAGAAGGCAGUGAGGAGCCUGUAGCUAUGAUAGAAGAAUCUCCACCUGAUAUUGGGCAAGAUGGUGAGGAUGGAGAAAGCAGCGACUCAUCCUGGAGUAUGGAGUGUACUCAGGUUUUGAGGGUAAAGUCUAUUUAUAUCAGUUCUGCAAUUCUUGCUGCAAAAAGCCCUUUCUUCUACAAGCUUUUCUCAAAUGGCAUGAAAGAAUCUGAUCAGAGGCAUGCGACUCUUAGAAUUACUGCUUCAGAGGAAAAUGCUCUUAUGGAGCUUUUAAGCUUUAUGUAUAGUGGAAAGUUGGCGACGAAUCAUCCAACCCUUCUUCUGGAUAUCUUGAUGAUUGCUGACAAGUUUGAGGUUGUUUCGUGUAUGAGGCACUGCAGUCAAUUGCUUAGAAGCUUGCCUAUGACCACAGAAUCUGCACUACUCUAUCUAGAUCUACCCUCCAGCAUUUCAAUGGCUACCGCCGUUCAGCCACUGACCGAUGCUGCCAAGGAAUUUCUUGCAAACAAAUACAAGGAUUUGACCAAGUUCCAAGAUGAAGCGAUGAACAUUCCUCUUGCUGGGAUUGAAGCCAUCCUAUGGAGCAAUGACCUUCAGGUGGCAUCAGAGGAUGCUAUCUACGACUUUGUGAUCAAGUGGGCUCGUGCUCAAUACCCAAAAUUGGAGGAAAGGCGUGAGAUCUUGGGAACUCGCUUGCUGCCCCUUGUUCGGUUCUGCCAUAUGACCUGCAGGAAGUUGCGGAAGGUCCUUGCAUGUAAUGAUCUCGAUCAUGAGCAAGCCACUAAAUGCGUCACAGAGGCACUUCUUUACAAAGCUGAUGCACCACAUCGACAACGGGCCCUUGCUGCAGAUGUGAUGACCUGUCAGAAAUAUGCUGAGCGAGCUUACAAAUAUCGUCCACUUAAGGUGGUGGAGUUUGAUCGACCAUAUCCUCAAUGCAUAGCGUACUUGGAUCUUAAACGUGAGGAGUGCAGCCGACUUUAUCCAUCUGGACGGAUAUACUCGCAAGCAUUCCAUCUAGCUGGACAGGGUUUCUUCCUCUCAGCACACUGUAACAUGGAUCAGCAAAGUUCCUUCCAUUGCUUUGGUCUCUUUCUGGGGAUGCAAGAGAAAGGCUCGACAAGUGUUACUGUAGAUUAUGAGUUCGCUGCCAGGACAAGACCGUCAGGCGAGUUCGUCAGCAAAUACAAGGGUUACUAUACCUUCACUGGUGGCAAGGCGGUUGGGUACCGGAAUCUCUUUGCGAUUCCAUGGCCAUCGUUUAUGGCUGAUGACAGUCUCUUCUUCAUUGACGGGGUACUACAUCUGCGAGCAGAGUUGACCAUAAAGCAACCCUAGAGAGUCGAAGGUGUGCUACUAACUGCGUCUGUGCUGCCGUGACCAAAUCUGUUCAAUGAUGGGCUUCAGUGUGAAAAAACUUGUGUGAUUCAGACGUGUUGUUUUUACUCACGCAACUAAAUAGACAAUUUGAAAACGAGAACUGAAGUCCCUUUUGUUUUUUACACCAAAAGAGGAUCAUGCCAUGUACUGCACUGCCAUUGAAAUGUGAAAAGUAAUUCCGCUAAUCAAAGUCA